AGGGAACGGGAAAGGGAACGGGAACGGGACCCGGCCGGGCUGCGGGGAGCCGGGCAUGCAGGUCUCUGCUCUUGUCCCUCCCUGGGGAGAUGGUGGUCCUGCGGGCUGGGCUCUGCCCUGGUCUCACUGAAGACAUGAUCCAGCUUCUCAGGGCCAAUGGCAUCAGGACAGUGGUGGACUUUGUGUCUUCAGACCUGGAGGAUGUUGCCCAAAAGUGUUCCCUGUCUUACAAGGCACUGGUCGCAGUCAGACGUGUGCUCCUGGCCCAGUUCUCUGCCUUCCCUGCCAAUGGAGCAGACCUCUACGAGGAGCUCAAGAGCUCCACUGCCAUCCUGCCCACUGGCAGCCCAAGCCUGGACCAGCUGCUGGACUCGGGGCUGUACACAGGGGAAGUGACAGAGCUGAUGGGAGCCCCGGGCAGUGGGAAGACACAGGUGUGCCUGGGCAUUGCAGCCAGUGUGUCCCUGGGCCUCAAGCAGCAUGUCCUGUUUCUGGACUCCACUGGGGGUUUCACUGCAUCCCGUCUCUACCAGAUGCUCCAAGCCCAGACAGAGGAUGAGGAAGAGCAGCUGGAGGCUCUGCAGCGGAUCCAGGUGGUUCAUGUGUUCCACAUCUAUGAGCUGCUGAGUGCCUUGCAGGAGCUGCGGGAUCGCCUCUCCCAGCAGGUCGUGAGCUCCAUGGGACCUCUCAAGAUGGUGGUGCUGGACUCGGUGUCGGCUGUGAUCUACCCUCUGCUGGGUGGCAGGCAGUCAGAAGGUUUGGCCCUCAUGAUGCAGCUCUCCAGGGAGCUGAAGACCCUGGCCAGGGAGUUCAGCCUUGCUGUUGUGGUGACCAACCAGGUGACAAGGGACAGCAGCACUGGCCCACUGAAGCCAGCCCUUGGCCGUUCCUGGAGUUUUGUGCCCAGCACCCGGGUGCUGCUGGAGAGCAAAGAAGGCACGUGGGAGAAAAGCUCCACACAACGUGCUGCUUCCCUGGCCAAGUCACCCCGUCAGCCAACAGGCAUCCAGGUGGAGCUGGAUAUUGGAAAUGGUGACGUGUUGGAACCGAGCCUGGUGACACCCACACAGGGACUCUGAUGGGAUGGAAAAGCAAAUGUCACAAGGUUCAAGAGAGCUGCACAAAAGCAGGCAAGCACUGAAGGUUUUAAAAACUGAGAGACUGAGAAUCCUGCAGCCAUGGGAAGGACCAACAUAAGAAAUCUCUUGUUCUUCUGCCUCAUGGAAAAACUGAGCAUGGGGUUCCCUGGAGCCCUCUGUGCCCAGCAGAUGUUGCCUGCAGUGGUUGGAUUGUGAGAGAGCAGACAAUCAGGUCCUAUCCUCUGCAGGCUUGCAGGCUUGUCUUCACACCCCCCCCCCCCCCCAGAGCCAGUCCUGUCCUCAGGUGUGGUUUGGGAUCAGCUGCCUUGUCCCUGCACAACCCCACAACUGCCCGUGCUGGUUUUGUUCUUCCUGUGGCUCACUGCCCUCUGGUCCUGGAGUUCUGAUCAUCCUUGGGCCCACAGUGCACUUGGCUCAGAAAUAAAAGGAAAAAAAGCAGUUGCACAUUG